AGUCAUAACAAAAAAGUGAGGUUAUAUUUACAACGAUUUACAUUUACAUUUUUUUUUGUAAAGUAAACCACUCUAGUACCGUGAGACAUGGAUAAAGACGACUCAAAAUCUCGGGGCAUGAAGCACCGCACUAACAAGCGAAAAUACAACAAGAACAAAGCGUCAGUUCACGUGCAGGCCCCCAAACCCAAAGUAGCGCUCGAGUCAAACUGGGACCGCUACGAAUUAAAAGAGGUCGACGACAAAGUCAACAGCAGCACGGACUUCUCGGUCCUGGCGAGCGCCCCCAUAACUCACGGCAGCCACUUCCAGUUCAAGAGCGACAAGGACAUCUUGGAAAUCUCGGAGCCCGUAACGACGUCGUUGUUCAAGUUGGAUUUGACCCUCCUUGAGAAGAGUUUGUCCACGAUACCCUUCGACGUCAGGAGUGGCAUCAGCAAGGAUAUUUUCUCUGAAAGUCAACAAAGAGUAAUGACUGCUCUGGACGAUAACAUUAACGAUUAUAAUGCUUACGUACAGAGUCAUCAAAGCAAGAAGCCGGAUGUUGUUUUCGGGUCAGACGACGACGCCGCUGACGAAUCAUCAUCUGGCGACAGCGACGUAGAAGCCCCACAGUCACCGAAAACCAGUGUUCGAGAGCCCCCAUCCGCGGACUUGGAGCAGUGGCUCGACGACAUCCUCGACGAUUAGAAUGUCGCCCCGGUCGCUGCUGUCAUCUUGACAUUUAACCGCACGUCACAUUUGGCAUUGUUAUCAGUCCUCGAGCGUA